CCAAACCCCUCUAGAUAUGAAGGCGUAAAUGUGCUCGUGCUCUCGUGAGGGUUCUCGCGUGGGGGAGGGGACCCCUGCACAUCACUGCUGCUGCUACUGCUGCUGCUGCUCAGUGUGUGUGGAUGGCGUGGGCUUCUCUCCUCCAAACCGCACAGCAUCAUCAUCAUCAUCACCGCCACCACCACCACCACCUCCACCACCGCCACUCAGUUCACAGCAACAGCCGCGUACGCACCACCAUCCUCAUCCUCCUUCCCAUCCUCCUCAUCACCAUCUCCAGGCUGAGCAGGGAGCGCGUCGGAGGGGAAUAAAGACAUACGAGGAGUCUCUUGUUGGUCAAGUGAACCGGGAGUCAACUCUUGUAUCCUGAACAAAGUGAAGCCCCGGCACGUUCAGGUGGCCUCUCCGGUAAACCUUUGACCACUUUAGCGUCUCCUGAACCUCUGUGAAAUGGAGGACGGUUACCAAAACCGGACUGCAUUCAUAAAAGGUGCCAAAGACAUUGCCAAAGAAGUCAAACGGCAAGCAUCUAAGAAGGUUGGCCGUUCAGUGGAUCGUGUGACCGAUGAGUACAGCAAGCGCUCCUACAGCCGCUUUGAAGAGGAUGAUGAUGAUGACUACCCCGUACAGGGAAGCCAGGAUGGCUACUACCGCGGAGACAGCCAGGCAGCUAAUGAUGACGAGGGCGGCCACAGUGACUCAACAGAGGGUCACGAUGAGGAUGAUGAGAUCUACGAAGGCGAGUAUCAGGGGAUACCCAGGGCUGAUUCGGGCAAAGGCAGCCUGGCUGGAGGCCCGGGCUCGGUGAGGGCCGGCGCUCAGCAGUUCAGAGAUGUCGGAGUGUCCGAGGCCGAGAGGAGGAAGGACCAGGAAGAGCUGGCUCAACAGUACGAGACCAUUUUACAAGAAUGUGGUCACGGGAAAUUCCAGUGGACCUUGUACUUUGUACUGGGCCUGGCUCUCAUGGCGGAUGGGGUGGAGAUCUUCGUGGUUGGGUUCGUCCUGCCCAGCGCUGAGAAAGACAUGUGCCUGUCUGAACCUAACAAGAGCAUGCUAGGUCUGAUUGUAUAUUUUGGGAUGAUGGUCGGGGCUUUCCUCUGGGGGGCUCUGGCUGACCGGAUAGGCCGUCGGCAGUCUCUUCUCAUCUCUCUCUCCAUCAAUAGUGUCUUCUCCUUCUUCUCCUCCUUCGUCCAGGGAUACAGCACCUUUCUGUUUUGCCGGCUCCUCUCCGGCGUCGGGAUUGGUGGCUCAAUUCCCAUCGUGUUUUCCUACUAUUCUGAAUUUCUGGCCCAAGAGAAGCGUGGUGAGCACCUCAGCUGGCUCUGCAUGUUCUGGAUGAUUGGGGGCAUAUACGCAUCUGCCAUGGCCUGGGCUAUUAUCCCACAUUAUGGAUGGAGUUUCCAGAUGGGCUCAGCGUAUCAGUUCCACAGCUGGCGUGUGUUUGUGUUGGUGUGUGCGUUUCCUUGUGUCGCAGCCAUCUCUGCCCUCAGCGCCAUGCCGGAGAGCCCCCGCUUCUACUUAGAGAAUGGCAAACACGAUGAAGGCUGGAUGAUUCUGAAGCAAGUCCACGACACUAACAUGCGAGCGAAGGGACACCCGGAGAAGGUGUUUUCUGUCACCACAAUUAAGACGGUGAAACAGAUGGAUGAGUUGGUGGACACCGGCACCGACACUCCAGUCUGGCAGCGCUACAGGCUGAAGAUCACGAGCCUCUCCCAACAGAUAAAGAACAACAUCCUCGCCACCUUCAACCCAGAAUAUAAACGGACGACCUUCAUGCUCAUGGCCGUUUGGUUCACCAUGUCUUUCAGCUACUAUGGUCUGACAGUGUGGUUCCCAGACAUGAUCAAGUACAUCCAGAAGCAGGAGUACGAGUCGCGCACAAAGACCUUCACCAAGGAGCGAGUGGAGCAUGUCACUUUUAACUUCACCCUGGAAAACCAAGUGCAUCGCCAGGGACACUACUUCAAUGACAAGUUCCUCAACCUGAAGAUGAAGUCGAUGGUGUUUGAAGACUCUGUGUUUGAGGAGUGCUACUUUGAGGACAUCACCUCCACACACACCUUGUUCAGGAACUGCACCUUCAUUGCAAGUCUGUUCUAUAACACAGAUCUGUUCAAAUACAGGUUUGUCGACUGCAAACUGGUCAACAGCACGUUCCUCCACAACAAGGAGGGCUGCAUGCUCGACUUCAGCGACGACUUCAACAAUGCCUACAUGAUAUACUUCGUCAACUUCCUCGGCACGUUGGCAGUGUUGCCUGGCAAUAUCGUGUCGGCUCUGUUAAUGGACAAAAUUGGGCGCUUAAGAAUGCUGGCGGGAUCCAGCGUCAUAUCUUGUGUCAGCUGUUUCUUCCUGAUGUUCGGCAACAGCGAGUCAGGGAUGAUCGCCCUCCUGUGCCUGUUCGGCGGCAUCAGCAUCGCCUCGUGGAAUGCCCUGGAUGUGAUAACAGUGGAGCUCUACCCCUCAGAUAAAAGGUGCACAGCGUUUGGUUUCCUGAAUGCCCUCUGCAAGCUUGCGGCCGUCCUGGGCAUCAGCAUCUUCCAGUCAUUCGUCGGCAUCACCAAAGCCGUGCCCAUCAUAUUCGCUGCUGGCGCCCUCGCCGCAGGUAGUUUCCUCGCGACAAAGUUGCCUGAGACACGAGGCCAAGUGUUGCAGUAAAACAAACGACCAGUAGUGGGCAGCAGAGCACAGCCGGAGUGUGUGUGUGUGUGUGUGUGUUUGACAACUAGAGCCCGAACAUCCCCGAGAGCUACAACGCUGCCCGUCACACACCAACAGAACAGACUGCCAUCCCCAUUGUAAGCCCAGAAUCCUUUGAAAUACGGAUUGCAUCAUUCAAAGUCUUUACGAGAAGAGCGUCAUGAUAACUGCAUCUGAAUGGUAACAGCUGCACAGUCAGGUACUAAAAACAUCAGAUCCUACUAGACGUGGGUGACGCAGAACAAAUUGAGUUCUGCAGUGAGGAUAAAAAAGUUAAAUAUUUUUUUUUUUGGCCCACAGAUCAACAAUAUCAAUUGAGAUGAAAAAGAUGUCGAAUGAAGCGAUGAGACGGAUUAAAAAAAAAAGCCAUUUAUGGGGGGUGCGAAAUGAUUUAGUCUAUGCAUGUGGUCGAUUUUUUUCACAUAUAAUUGCAGUGUUCUUCUCCCUCGUCUGUCCUCGACCUCGGUGGCUGGCUUUCAGUGCUGCUUUUUGAUUUGCUGUGAUGUUCCCGGUACAUUCCCUUCCGUCCUGAUUCAGACUGAUGCUUGAUGAAAGGUUUUUCUUUGAAAAGUAUCCCGCAAAGAAUUUCCGGGUGAAUAUAUUUUCCUCCAAGAAAAACGGCCAUGACCCUUGAUCACUGCCUGAAAACUGAAGCCACAUCUGCUGAGAGCUCACACUUGCUACCAAACGACACCAAAACAUUCCAGUGAGGCUUCGAUUUACUCAGAGGCCGAGAAUCUAAUGUUUCCCUGUCGCUGCGUAAAACCGGUCCUCUCCUCUACGCACAGCCUCAAAUCACAGACGGGUGACGAUGCAUUUCACAGGAUUCUCUGUCGUAAAUGGGAAUAGUUUGAUCCAGCUCCUCAGUGUUCAGUGUUAAACCAAUGUUUCUCCCUCCCAGUCGUCGCACCGCGCAGCUGUGGUGGUGCAACGGUGCUCACGCCUGCAACACAGGAACGUCUGUGGGACGGAUUUUGGUCAAGUGCUAGAUGUGAGAGCAGAUACUGUAGUGUGAUAUUUGCUUGAAUUAGUGAUGUGAGUGAUUGUUGCGUGUUUGUCAGGCAAGAGAGAGAGUGAGAGAGAGUGAUUGAUUGAUUCAUCCAAACAAAUCAGCGCAGCCACGUCGACCAUGUUUUACUGAUCCAGCAGCAGAGUGUUUGAGGCUAAUUUAGAAAUAAAGAUAUCAGCGUUCAAACUCACGCAGUAGCUCAGGUGUGGUGAAAUGUUUUCGACCACGUUUACAGCUGGUCUCUUGUUUUUUGCCCCACUAAACACCAAAUUGUUGUACACGCAGGGUGAUUUUAGCUCGGUACCAUUCGCAUAUAGCUGCAUUAAUUAGCCUUAAUAUGAAAACAGUCAUCAGAUUGAGUGUGUUAAGUUAAUUCUCGACCUCGGAAAACUAAAGUUUGGCAAGUUUGACCACAUCGCCCUGAAGACGACAACAACAACAACAACAACAACAACAACAACAACAAUAACAACAACAAAACUUGACUUAACAUUUUUUCGUCAAAGUAAGUUGUUGUUUUCUUCGUCUUAAAAUUGUGUUGACGCCUCUUAAAAGUCACAGUAUGACUUCAUUGUACUCACAAGCACAAAGUGAACAGGGAAAGCAAGAAAAAUCAGCACAAAACAAGACGACUGAUCAGACACGGCAGCACAGAGUGAGUCGUUUUUCAUUUUAAGGGCUCCCGUUCCUGUCAAUCCUCCACGAGCACACGGAAAAAAAUUUUUUGCCGGUCGUGACUUCGAUCUGAAUUGGAAGCAGUCGCUCUGAUUUAAAGCUAAUUGAGUACCACUUUGUUAUACAUAUCACUACUUCGGUAUAAUUUCUCCAAAGGUGUACAUCAAUAUGUGUGCUGACAAUCAGUGAGUGAGUGCAUGGGUGUCGCUGCUGCUGUGGAGUGUGUUAUUUUGAUCUAAAGACGUCCUCUGGUUUGUGUGUCGGUGUGUGUGUGUGUGUGUGUGUGUGUGUGUGCGUGUGUGUGUGUUCAGGAUGUUAGAGGCUUUGGAGCUUGCAGUGGUCUGAUAAUGUAACUCAAGGACACACUUAGCUGUGGGAGUUUGUCUGACCUCUUGAAUUGUGUGUUUGUGUGCACGUGAGAUAGAGACUUUUUUUAAUAGUUGGACUUUUUGAUAAUUACGCUUAUUCACUUUGUUGCCCUGAGUUGGACUAGAGGAUCGAUACAUCUCUGAAGCUGAAGCCCGGGGGCGUGAUUAGCUUAGCUUAGCAUGAAGACUGGAAACAGGUGCAAACAGCCUUUUCAGCUUUGUGUUAACCAAAUCUGAAGAAACAGUCAAGCAAAUUACAUGUAAAGUGGAUGCAGAUAUUGUCAGGCUAGCUUUCCCCCUGUUUCCAGUCUUUAUGCUAAGCUAAGCUAACCGCCUGCUACUUUAGCGCCCAGGAAUGAGAGCGGUAUCCAUCUCUCAGCCUGCCCUCAUCGGAAAAAAACAUAGAAUUCUACUGCUAAAGCAGCACGUUACGACCCAACUUAACAGUUAUUGUGACCCAGCGGUGACUCCUAGUGGCCGUAGCAGUUAGUGCAACAACAAAGACGGAAGUCCACGCAAGGAAUGGGUCAAAUAAACACAGGAGAGCACUGUUUGUGUCCAGCGUGGAACCAAAAGUCUACGUUGAGUUAUUUUAACUUGCAUGACGAAUGUUUUUUAACCAAAACCACAGUCAACAAACAACAUGUUGCUUUAGGAACAGCGAUACAUGUCAUUUUGGGAGUCACUGGCAAUCAAUUUAUCACUCAUUUGGGUAUGAGGAUGUUUUCCAAUCUUUUAGUGAAACUCAUAACAAGAGUAAGAGCAUUUCUCAAAAUGUUGAACUAUCUCUGUUGAAUCUAGAUUAUAUUCAGAGGAUGUGCUGUUUGUCUCAAAGUGUUUUGUGUACGUAAUGAACAAAUGUGUCCUGUCUCGUUCACGUCGGAGUGACUGUUUGGACGUGUUGUUAACGUGUGGAUGUGUGUGUGUGUGUGUGUGUGUGCUGACUCUAAAUCGUCUCUCACAUAUUUUUCUACUUUUUUCUGUUGUUUCAUCCCUGUGAUGAAUCACAGCUCAGUCGGGGACCACAGAAAUAUAUUUACACUACGAGAGGAAUCUAAAAAAAAAAGCAGCCUAGUGCGAUAUAUGCAGUAUAGAAUUUAAUGUUUUGUUCUUCAUGAUAGACUCGGGUGCUCUUUUGCUGAUACAGUUCAGUCUUUAAAAAAAACAAACCCUCGAAGAUAGCCAGCCCUCGGAGAUAACGGCCUGUUCUCUGCUAGGAAACACAGAAAAGGAUCUUGUCAAAUUCACUCAAACGACUUCACCCCGCGAUUCCUUCUGUAUUCAACCGAUUGUGACGCAUGUUUGUAUCGUAUUGUCUGACUUCUUGGACGUCCUGUAUGCCAGCUGUUUUUGUCUAAAGCAAGAACUAGUGUUUUCAUUGUUGUAUGAUGACAUAGAUUUGUUGCUUGCAGUGAUUGUUCUUAAUCAAAGUGGGGUUAAAAAUUGGUGAAACUUGAGUACGUGUUCUGAAAGUAAGUUAGUGGUGACUGUGCUCCUUGUUUACCUUGGACCCAGGUAACUCUUUUUUUAAAAAAUAUAUAUAUAUGCCUGAAUUUCUGAGGUGGAAGCUUGCAAUCAUGCAAUUGAUCUUGUCGCAGAGGUGCAAGACGCGGCUGGACGAGGGCAAUGCGCUUAGGCAAAUGGAGUGGAAAAUCUGUUUGAAUUUGAUCAAAUUUGACAAAAAUCUUGUUUGUCCACGUGAGUCUGUUUUAAAAUGGGGGUGGGGGGUGUAAGCAAUAAAGUGGAGGCUUUCCCCGAUUCUGAGGAAACAGAAAGUCAUAAAUCCAAAAGGACCACGGUUUAUCUACUCAUCAAAAGAGCCCCCUCUGUCAAAUUGAAGCUCCUGUCCAAAAUGUAAAAGUUUACUAUUUAAUGUUCCUAUGUGUAGAAUAUUCAUUCUAUAUAUAUAUAUAUAUAUAUAUGUAUAAACUAUCGGAAGGGUCACUGGUUUGAGUUUUAUCUAUGGUGACGGCAGUGAUAUGGGAUGUCGUCGAAAUAAAGCGGACACCAGUCUGAAGACUUCCCCUGUUAAAGGGAUGGAGGACUUUUCGCGGCAUGCUUUCCCGUCCUCUCAACGCUCGAAAGCACCCGGAUCUGUCUCGAACGGAUCCUGAACAGAGGGAGCGGCCCCCUGCCAGAAAACAACUCCUUCGUCUGCACAGAACUGCAAGAAUCCUUCGCUGUAGUUUGGGCCGAAGGACUUUAUGUUUGCCUUUUUUUUCUCUUUAGUUUGACUCUGACCUGUUUAUUAAAACGAUACUCUAUAUGUGAGUUCAAUUCAAAAUUCAAUGUACUGUGUGUAGAAACUGUAGAUGUUUGUAUGUGCAAGUUUUGGAAUUUGUGCAACAAAAAGAUCAAGGAAAACAGUUCCAAAAAAAGUUCAAUAUGACACAAAAAUCUAUUGUGUGUUGUCUUUGUGUUUUGUAAAUGAAGACUGAAACAUCUUGGUAAAUUCAGUAUUUAUUACUUCUGGAUAUUGAGAAUAUUUUAGUGAUGCUGAAAAGGUGCUGUAUUUAUUUUAUGUGAGAGUUGUUCAUCAUGCUGGGAUUUGCACUUGUGUGCCACUUAUCCAGUUCUAUCAAGAAAAUGAUAAAUCAUAAUGGAAAAAAAUAAAAUUUAAAGAAAAAAAAAAAACAAUGUCAUGGUUUGCAUUAUACAGUGUGAAGUCACUUGUGUUUGAUUCACAGAUUGUCUUCCAACUUGAGGUUGUGCUUCAUGGAAGGUAACAGAUCAAAUUAUUUUCUAAGUUUUCCUGUGAUAAGAUAAAUGUUUGUUUUCUUAAGAUGAGUUACAUCACUGAAUAACAAAGGUUUUUAGUUCCCUAGCAACCUUGAGAGAACAAUCUUUGUUACCUUGAAAUAAUCAAAAAAACAAAACAAAAAACAAGCAGGAUUUAGUUCCCUCAGAGCGAGUGGGUCUGAAGGCUACCAUCUGAAACCAGCUUGUAUAGCUUCAUUUUGACUAAAAAUGAAUAAAAAAUGGCUCCAAACCUGUCAUAAGUAAGAAGAACCCUCUUAAAAUAUCAAGAAUUACUAGUGAAGCAAGUCAGCAGAGGUGAUGUGCCCUUUCCUUCGAGCAGAUCUGAAUUCUUGCAGAAAAUAAACCGACGGCCCUGCUUAAUUUAUUAUCCAGAUAUGUAGCCACAGGCUGAAUGAGCUGACUAUUUGGCUUUUUACUUGUACAAAGUGAAGUCACAAGUUGCCCAUCACAGGGUUCCCGAUUAUUCUUGAUUUACCAGCUGAAGUCAUCCGUUUGGCAGGAAGGCUUUUGUGCAUCAUUUCCCCCCCCCCCCCAUUUUGUUAAUUACAUUUUCUUCUUUCCACAAGAUCAUAGGCAAUGGUAGCAAAAAACACACAAGGAUGAAUGACUUUAUAUAUGAGCUACAGUCCAAGUCCUCUGAGGACAACACUGUAAACAUCUUGGCCAGAGAAGACAGCUGUUAUGAAGAGUAAGAAUCCAUCCAUGUCAAACUAACGGCUGUGUUUGAACAACAGAGGUGGCAUGAUAUUGCCGAGUACCCACCUACGAUACCGAGUUCCCUCCUCAGACAAGCAUAACCACUCACACCAGGGCUCACCUAGCAACUCGAAUGAAGCCCGGUGUGGUCAACAACCCACAAGUGGCUCCAACUACUCUAUAAGAAAAAAAAAAAAAA